CGAAAUCUGUCGUGAAUGAUGUAAAAAGCGCCCUCCAAAGAUCAAACCCCGGACAUGCACACCCGAAGAUCGGCGAGAGGCAUUAUCACGACAUUAUCCCCUCGCCCCUCCAAAUUUACCCCGCCGUUCAAAAGAACCCCUCCCCCACGUCUCCAAGUGUAACAUCGGGCUUGACCCGAGGUCUACAGGAAAGUGUUUACAUCAUAAAUAUUAUGUAAAUAGGUCCUUCUUUCCCCCGACUUUCACUUGUUCAUUGUGCUUCGAGUAUUGUUGCUUGCCGUUCUGUGAAUAGUAACCAUGCCACUGCCUACGUCGUCGAUUUAUGAGCCGCCUUCGGCUGGCUUCACUGGCUUUCCUUCCAGGAGGAGCGUUGUUCAUAGCACGGAGGGUAUUGUAGCGGCGCCUCAACCUCAUGCUGCGAAUUGUGGUCUUGAGAUUCUGAGAGCUGGUGGUAAUGCAGCUGACGCAGCUGUGGCAGUUGGUACGUCAACAUCACGACAAUGGUAGGAAAUCGUGAGCAAGGGCUAAUUAAGCGCAGCCGCGGGAUUGAACGUCACAGAGCCUGUGUCCACUGGCAUCGGUGGUGACAUGUUCCUCCUCUACUUCGAUGCCGCCACAAAGCAAGUCAAGAGUCUCAAUGGCUCCGGCCGCUCAGGCUCAAAGCAGACCAUCGAGAACAUUCGCAAGAGCCUCAACAUUCCCGACGGUAAAGUUGGCGAAAUCCCAACUCAUCACGUUCACGCUGCUACUGUUCCCGGCGCUGCAGCUGGCUGGGUCGAUACCGUCGAGCGAUUCGGCAGUGGAAAAGUUAGCUUGAGCCAGAUCCUCGAACCAGCGAUCAAGCUAGCUGAGAAUGGGUUCCCUCUUACUGAAAUCGCUUCUCACUCUUGGCAAGCUCAAGAGAAGCUUCUUCGCGAUGCUUCCCCCAACUUCGCAGAGAUGCUCAAGAAAGACCCCUCCACACAAGAUGGCGUGAGAGCCCCUCGUCCAGGUGAAGUCUUCAAGAACCCAACGCUCGCUCAAACAUUCAGAACUUUGGCGACGGAGGGUAAGAAGGGUUUCUACACCGGUCGUAUUGCAGAGGAGAUCGUAAAGGUUGUUCAAGACCUGGGAGGAUAUCUCGAACUCGACGACUUGAAGCACCAUCUCGAAACCGGCACUCAGGACACAGAGCCCAUUUCCGUCAAAUUCCGCGGUCAAGGCCUCACAGACAAAGAUCCCAACGGCGGUGUUGAGCUCUGGGAACAUCCCCCCAACGGCCAAGGUAUCGUCGCUCUCAUGGCACUGGGUAUAAUCGAACAGCUCGAGAAACAGGGAAAGAUUCCAAAGUUUACACCGGAAGAUCAUAACUCUACGGCGUAUCUCCACGCUAUUAUCGAGGCUCUACGUCUCGGCUUCACAGACGCAAGUUGGUACGUCACCGACCCGGACACCACUAAAGUUCCCACCGCCGGCAUGAUCUCCCCAUCAUACCUCGCCGAGCGCGCCAAGAUCUUCUCUGCUUCAAAAGCCCACGAUGGUGUUCAACCCGGAAACCCUGAUUUCGUAUCUCCUGCUCUGCAAAGCAGCGAUACAGUUUAUUUCACUGUCACUGACUCCGCUGGUAACGCUGCUUCGUUUAUCAACUCCAACUAUGCCGGUUUCGGAACUGCGAUUAUUCCCAAGGGUUGUGGUUUCACCCUUCAGAACCGUGGUGCGAAUUUCUCCUUGGAUGAGAAACAUCCUAAUAAGCUUGAGCCGAGAAAACGACCUUAUCACACGAUUAUUCCCGGCAUGGCUACGAAUAUCAGCGAUGGAUCCCUGCAUUCCACAUUCGGUGUUAUGGGUGGAUUCAACCAACCCCAAGGAACCAUCCAAGUUUUACUUAACCAAGUCCUUUUCGGUCUGAAUCCUCAACAGGCUCUUGAUGCACCACGAAUCUGCAUUGGAGCCGGUAUGCCAGACGAGGGCAACGUUCUGGACUGGACUGUUCAUGUGGAGGAGGGUAUUUCUGAAAAGACCGUUGACGAGUUGAAGAAGUUGGGACAUAAUGUCGUAGUGCUCAAGGGCUGGAAGAGAGCCAUGUUUGGGCGUGGGCAGAUUAUUAGAUAUACUGUUGAUCCGGAUGGAACGCCGGUUUGGUCAGCUGGUAGUGAUCCUAGAGCUGAUGGUGCAGCAUAUCCUCAGUAGAUGUUGUCAAUCACCAACAACAAGGCACUUCAUUGCC